AUGAGUCUCCUUGCUGCUCGCGGCGGAAGCCAACCCCACAGCAGCAACACCCGGUUGCAGCAGCAAGAGGCUGAUGUGUACAGACACCUGCUGCAGCUUUCGGAGCUGCAGCUUGCAGCUGCUGCAUCUCCUGCAGCGUCUGUUGCGUCUGCUAUCUCUGCGUUUGAUGCUGCAGCGUUUGCUGCCGCAGCGUUUGCUGCCGCAGCGUUUGCUCUCGCAGCGAUUGCUGCUGCAGCGUUUGCUGCUGCAGGGUUUGCUGCUGCUCCUGCUGCAUCGCUGCCAGCAUCUGGGGCCCCAGGAGUGCUUCCAAGCAUCGAACACGCCAUGCAGCUUGCUGAUGAUGCUUCGAUUUCCGCUACCUUAGCUUCUGCUGCUACGGCCAUGCCCGCUGCCGACACCGCUGCUGCUGCUGCUGCUGCUGCUGUUCCUGCCGCUGCAGCAGUUCUUGCCGCUGCAGACGUGGGAACUUCCCCUGUGCUGCUGCUGCAGCGCCUGCGCCCCGUUUCAAGCUGCUUCACCUUCGUGUGUCUUGCAGCAGCAGCAGCAGCGGCAGCAGCAGCAGCAGCAACAGCAGCGCUAGCAGCUGCAGCGCCACUGAAACUCGUCAGGAUGCAGCGCCAUUCUCAGAAGCAGCAGCAGCGGCAGCAGAAGCCGGAGCAGCAGCAGCAACAGCCCCAAGUGCACAGCAGCAACAACGAAAACGCCAACGACAGCGGCAGCAAAAGCCCUCACAUCAUCAUCAUUAUAAGCAGCAGCAGCAGGAGGAACAAAGGCAGCAGCAGCACGUGA